AUGAUCCAGCACCCAAAGAAUAGCAGCUUUUGGAACAGUGUGCUCCUUGGAGUACUGACUGUUGUGUGUUGCUAUACCUUGCAGCAGAAGAUCCAGGCAGAGAGGAAGAAGAGGGCGAUCCAAAAGGAGUAUGGUCAAGAUGUAGUGGAACCACCCUACGUAUCUUCAUGGAUUCCCUUUUUGGGCAAAGCACCGGAAAUGGGCAAAGAUCCCCUCCAGUUUAUUCGCAAGUACUCUCAAAAACUUGAUACACCUGUCUUCACCUGUUUGAUUGCUGGGAAGACCUGCCAUUUCAUUGGGGAUUCACACUUUGUGGGUAUCAUUUACGACAAGGCCAAACAUUUGGAAGGUCAAUCAUUGAAGAUCUACUUCUUUGAGAAGAUCUUUGGUAUUCCUCCAGAGAUUUCUUCAAAAUCUUACGCAAAUCCAGAGCAUUUGAAGGAUUCACAAGCCAAUUACAGGCGCCUCUUGACCAAGGAAAUGAUUGAACCGACUGUUCAAACUGCUCAGGACAUUAUUCUGCAAAUGAUCCAACAAGAGUUUUCAGAAGAUCAAUGGACUGAAGUUGCACUCCACGAGAUGGUAUUCCGUGCCAUUCACAAAGCAACCUACACAGCAUUUGUGUCUGAUGCCAUGGCAGACCCAUCAAUGCUACCCUAUUUCCGUGAGUUUGACAAGGGCAUCGGAAAGGCCAUCAAAGGAACGCCCAAGUUCCUCUUGAAGGACUUUGUAGAAGGUCGCAAUAAACUGCUGGAGGUAUUGAGAGGCGAGGAACACAAGAAGACUGUCAAGGAUUUUCUUAGAUCUAAGCAUGAGUCGGAUGCCAAAAACGGAAUAACUCCAGAAGAAUCCCAUGCCGGGAGUUUGGCUCUUUCCUGGGCCAGUCUAGGCAACACUAUUCCUUCCAUCUUUUGGGUCAUUGCCUACAUGCUGACUGAUGACAGCCUACGCACUGCGGCGCAAAAGGACCUGGAGAGAAUUCAAUUGCCACAAGGGGAAUCCACCACGUUUACGUUGGAGGAACUGGACCAGAUGGCAGCACUUGACUCUGCCUUUCACGAAGUUCUUCGCAUGGGUGCUCUUGCUGUGAGUCCACGUGACAUCAAGGAAGAUAUUGUCUUGGAAGUCAAGUCGCCAACACAAAAACAUCGAUACCUACUCCCAAAAGGAACUCGCAUCAUGGGAAAUGUUCCUACCCUUCAUAUGGAUCCCGAAAUCUAUGCCAAUCCCUACAACUUUCAAUGGGAUCGAUUCCUCAAAGAUUCCAAUGGGGAUAUGCCUGUAUUUACAAAGGAUGGCAAACGCAUUGAUGCUUGGCGGCCCUUUGGAGGUGGACAGCAACUCUGUCCAGGACGCAAGUUUGCAAUGUACGAAUGCAAAGCCUAUGCCUGUCUCCUCUUGUCCAUGUUGGAGAUUCGUAUCAAGCCUGGAGAAACAGUACCCACCAUCAAUCCGCACAACGGAGGAGUCGGUGCCAUUGCUCCCGAGCACGACGUUUUGGUUCAGGUUCGAAGAAAGAAAUGA